UUAGUCUAUAUAGUAUAGUGUAGAUUAUAACACGGCUGUAGUAUAUAUGGUACUUUAUACAGCCAUAGAUUAUUUAAAUGCUGAGCUUUCCCAAGCCAUCCCGGCGGCCAGCAUGGUUACCUAGUAAUAUUACAUUUGUGGAAAAAAAUAUAUAUUGAUAUAUCGUUGUUUUGUGGGGAAUAUCAGCGAUUAUCGAUAUUGUAAAAAUCGAUACCUAUAUCGAUAUAGCGAUAUAUCGAUUUUUACAUCAUGUUUGCGCAUCCCUAACCUUCUGUAGCUGCGGUUCGGCCCUUUCACUGCAGCGGUCCAAUCAGAAAAUUAAAACCGUUUGACGCAGUGUGGCCAGUCGCCAAGUCUGACGUGUUUAUACUGCAAACUUGUACGUCUAUUGAAUAUUUGUUUAUACGUGCCGUACGCGUAAACGUUUGUUUACGGCGUAUUGUCGUAUUACGUAUAUGUUUAAUCGUUCUGCGUUUGUCGUGCCUAAAACCGAAGAAAAAAUUUGUAAAGCACAUUUCGUAUUCUAAUAACUGCUUAAACACUACAAAUUCCGUAUCGUUGUUGUUGUUUACAAACGGGUUUUAUUAAUUUUUUUCUACUGUAAUAAUUAUCGACUAAACCAUAAAUUAACAGUAAUGGCAUCUACACCAUACAUGGAUCAAUAUCUGGAAAAUUUGAAGAACCUUCCUCUCGAGUUAGAAAGAAACUUCACUCUGAUGCGAGACCUCGACUCUAGAACUCAAGAAAAGAUGUGCAACAUUGAUAAAAUGGCAGAUGAUUAUUUGUCAAAUAUCAAAACCUACUCUGGAGAUACAAAGAAAGAAAAAAUGACCGACAUACAACUUCAAUUUAAUAAAGCAAAAGAAUAUAGCGAUGACAAGGUUCAAUUGUCUAUUCAAACUUAUGAAUUGGUGGAUACUCAUAUUCGGAAAUUAGAUGUAGAGUUGGCUCGUUUUGAAGCCGAAAUUCAAAACAGAGCCUCCAGGACUUCAAAAAAUGUAAAUGAAAGUUUACAGAAAGGAGGUAACUAUACUAUAAGUGAAGAAAAAACAGUUACUCACAAAACAUCUACAAAGAAACAAACUCUAAGAAGAGUUGCAAAAACAUCAGGUACAUCUAGUGGUGGUUUGCCUCAAGUCAAAAUUGAAACACCUUCAGUUAGUGCCGUCGCUAAUCCAAUAAACCCUACCAAUAGCGUAGCCAGUGUUGUAGUAAAAACUGAUUCUGUUACUGAUGUUGGUGCUGGAGUUAUACAACCGCAAGUUUUCGACAUGCCCAUUGAUCCUAACGAACCAACUUACUGUUUAUGCAAAGAAGUUUCCUAUGGUCAAAUGAUUGGCUGUGAUAACCCAGAUUGUCCUAUUGAAUGGUUUCACUUUCCAUGUGUGAAAUUAAAUACCAAGCCCAAAGGAAAAUGGUUUUGUCCAACAUGUAUGGCGGAUGUGAAGAAAAAAUAACAUAUUAUAAUUAUGUAAUAAGUUUUUUUUUAUUUUAUAUAUAGAUUACACUUACACAUAUUAUAAAUUAAAUUUAUAUAUUUAAUAUUUAUGUACGUGCAAAUAAUAUAUAAAACUUAUUGACAAU